CCAAACCACGCUUGUUUUGUCCGUUUUGUCAGUAAACUGAAAGCACGCUGCUUUGUGCACGCUUGCCCAUUACAUUUCUUGUAAUCCUCGUUACUUAAACAACUAAAUCGCGUCCUUCCUCGGUGAAGCGAAUAUUCGCAGAGAGGCUGAUUAAGCGUGUCUAAUUGACGUACACCCAGAGAACAAUUCAAGAGUAAAAUGGCUGAUGAAGUGAAUCCCAAAGCCUACCCUCUGGCCCCAGCUGCCCUGACCGGCAAAAUCUUGAAUUUGAUUCAGCAGGCUAUGAACUAUAAGCAGCUCCGUAAAGGUGCAAACGAAGCUACCAAAACUUUGAACAGAGGAUUGUCUGAGUUCAUUGUCAUGGCUGCCGACGCCACUCCACUUGAAAUCUUGCUACACCUUCCUCUCCUAUGUGAAGACAAAAACGUUCCUUAUGUUUUUGUGCGCUCAAAGCAAGCUCUCGGCCGAGCUUGCGGCGUGUCCAGGCCCGUCAUUGCCUGCUCGGUGACAGCAAAUGAGGGUUCGCAGUUGAAGCCUCAAAUCCAGGCAAUCCAACUGGAGAUUGAAAAGCUGCUGGUGUAGACAGACUGUCUUUUGCAUUUUCACCGACCAUUAAAUUACUUGCGUGCCAGAUAUAGGUCACAAAUGAAACAUGUUUUAAAAAUUAUUUGCAAUAUAUAUGGAUAUCGGCAAAAUAUAAA